GUCAAAAGAUACUUGUAAAAAGCGAACCUCUAGACGGCUGCUGCUGCUGCUUUUGCUUCUGCCUCUCCGGUUGUCGUCGUCGGAAUAUUGCCCCAGCACAAAAAAAAAGAUUCCCGUACGCCAUUACGUCGACAGGAUUGUGUGCUCCAGUGUGCGGGACACGGAUUCCGGAAGUUUAAAGUGUUUUCCCCCGGAGGAGAAGGAGGUUGCGCGCCCCGUCUUUGCUGGAACCAGGGUGGAGGAGCAUUUUCAAUUUCUUGGGUCAAUAUUCCAGGGAAGAGUGUGUGUGGCGCGGCGGUGGUGGUGAAUUGAAUUUUUUGACGUUUUUUUUCCCCCGGAGAAAAAAGCGAAUUUUGCGCGAUAAAUUCCGGCUUCCGGUGCGGUUUUAGUACGCGGGAACGGAUAGGGGGACUCGCGUAACGGAAGCGCUCCCGCGGUAGGCGUUGGAUUUGUACUUUGAAUCUAGAACCAAGUCACAAUGUACUAAAAAAAACUCAAAGAUGAGAACAAAAAAGACGUCCCGCAAGGGCAAAAAUUCGACCUCCUCGUCGGAAGGGGACGACCAGCAGCAGGUUUCCUCAACCAGCAAGGACGUGACCCCUCCGAACGGAACCGAGGAACCGGUCGAAGUCGAAAACGGAACAACCGACAACAAUGGGAAGGACUCGCCCACCAGCGAGAAAGACUCGUCGGCAGCCCAAGACGACGCUCCGAUCGUCGAGGUCAAGACGGAGGAAACUGCCGCGGCAAAGGUUCUCCGACUGGUGUCCAUCGAAAAGCUGAUGCGGCCAAGUCUACUCGCGACCAAUGAGACGCCAAUCCCGAAGAUCAAAAUCGGCGCCCGGAUAGCGGCCGAAAGAGCCAACAAACGGGGCAAGGACGCGAGCGUCAUCGAGAUCAGCGACACCGAAGAGGACGACGAGCAGCCGCUGGCCAAAAAGUCGCGCAACGAAAGCGUACAGAAUAUAUCAAGCGAUGAGGAGAGUGAGGACGAUGUUCCGAUCAAGCGAAGGGUGUCACGAGCGGCUAAGAAACCCUCCAAGAUCGUCAUCAAGGAUGAGGAAGACGAGGAGGAGAAGGAGGAGGACGCGGCGCCGGUCGUCAAAAAGAAGCUGAGCGGUCCCAACAAGAGCAAGGCCAAAGCCGCCAAACUGCUCCCCGAGGGAUGCAAGCCGCUGAGUGUAAAGGUAAGCCGGCUACCGGAAAAUCUGGAACCGAUCAAGCGCCAGUACAAACUGACGGCCAUCCUAGACGUGGAAAACCGCGUGAUUACCAAGCUGGCCGCUACGGCGGCGUCGUCGGCAAUUCCGAGCAAACCAAAAGAGGCAGAAGCAAGCGCAAAGUCGAGGUCAAGUGACAGUAAGAAGAAGAAGAGUGGCCCUACGGUGGCCCUGUCCAGUGGAAGUGAUUCCGACGAACCGAUCGCGAAAAUCGCGACCAAGAAAGACAACAUUCCCAAAAACAAGACUACGACAAUGGCGGGACGUUCCAAGCGCACGCAGGUCGUCGCAAGCGAUGACGAAGACGACGAUGACUUUGAGGUGGAAAAGCCCGCGAAAGCGGCGACGACCGGCAGACGGGGUCGUGGUCGACCCGCAAAGGUGAUCAAGAAUUCGUCAUCGGAAAACGAAGAAGAAGACGAGGAGGAGGAGGAGGCCGUUCCGGUUAAGCGUUCUGGUCGUGGACGCGGCAGGCCCGCUGCCAAGGUGGUCAAGAACUCGUCCUCGGAGUACGAAGAGGAAGCGGCGGCCGAGUCGGAGGAGGACGGCAAGAACAAAUCCGACUCGGACGAUGACUUUGAGAAGGAGAAGACACCGCCGAAGAAGAAGCGCUCGAGGAUCAAGCGAAAUUCGUCGACGUCCGACGAGGACGAUGACGACGAUGGUGGCAAGAAGAAAAAGCGCAAGAAGGAAAAGAAGAGUUCGGGCAGCGAAGAGGAUUCGCCAACCAAGGGUCGCAAGAAGAUUCGCAAGAUUCUUAAAAAGUCCAAACUCGAACAAACCACAAAAGAGGCUGAACAGGAGGAGCGGGAACGCAAGCAGCGUAUCGCCGAGCGGCAGAAGCUGUAUAACCAGGUAUACGACGAAAAACCGGAAGAGGUUAAAGAGCUCAAGCAGCUGGUGCUGGACUUUGACGAGGAAACCAAGGAACCGCUGCUGGAGGUCGACAAGACGCUGGUCAAGAAGCUGAAACCGCAUCAGGCCAACGGUAUCAAGUUCAUGUUCGACGCGUGCUUCGAAAGUCUCGAACGAGCCCGCAACAGCAAGGGUUCCGGCUGCAUCCUAGCCCACUGCAUGGGUCUUGGAAAAACACUCCAAGUCGUCACGCUGUGCCACACGCUGCUCUCCAACUCGGAGUCGACCGGCGUGGAACGCAUUCUGGUCAUCUGUCCGCUCUCGACCGUGCUGAACUGGGUCAACGAAUUCCGGAUCUGGAUGAAGCACGUCAAAAAGGGCACCGAAGUCGAAGUGUAUGAAAUCUCCAAAUACAAAAACAACAUUGUCCGCGCGAACCAGCUGAUGGAGUGGCACAACGAGGGCGGCGUCAUGGUGCUCGGGUACGACAUGUACCGCAACCUGUCCAACCAGACGACCGGCCGGAUCAAGAAGAAGGUGCGCGAAUCGCUGUCAACCUCGCUGAUCGAUCCCGGGCCCGAUCUGAUCGUGUGCGACGAGGGCCAUCUGCUGAAGAACGAAAAGACGUCGCUCUCGAAGGCGGUCAACCGGAUUACGACGCUGAGGCGGAUUGUGCUGACCGGAACGCCCAUCCAGAACAACAUGAAGGAGUAUUACUGCAUGGUACAGUUCGUGAAGCCCAAGCUGCUCGGCACGUACAACGAGUACAUGAACCGGUUCGUGAACCCGAUCACCAACGGCCAGUACACUGACUCGACGCCGUACGACAUCCAGCUGAUGCGGAAGCGAGCCCACGUGCUGCACAAACUGCUCGACGGGUGCGUCCAACGGCGGGACUACGCCGUCCUGGCGCCCUUCCUCCCUCCCAAGCUGGAGUUUGUGGUGUCGAUCAAGCUGACGCCGCUGCAGGUCACGCUGUACAAGUACUACAUGGAGACGCAGGCGCGCAAGCAGAGUGACGAAACCAAGCGGGCGUCCGUCCUAUUUGCCGACUUCCAGAACCUGCAGCGAAUCUGGACGCACCCGAGGGUGUUGCGUUACAACAGCGAUCGUUACGAGUACAUGCAGCAGAAGAAGCGCGACAUGGAGUCCGACGAGGAGUCAAUGGGUUCGAUGAAGGACUUUCUGGACGACGAGGACAGCGAGGCGGAAACGACACCGGACGAGUCGGAGAGCGAACCCGAGAGCGACGACAGUGACGACAGCCGCAAAAAGUCCAAGAAGAACAAGGGAAAGAAAGACAGCAAGAAGGAGGAAAAAGCCAGUGUGGCGGACAAAGGCGGAGCGGCGCCUUCGCGACGUACACGGAACAAUCCGGAUGCCGGGGCUGACGAAGAAGACGACGACGUCCAGGAGGUCGAGCAGAAGAACGAGAACCCUACCGAGUGGUGGAUGUCCAUGUGUCCGGAGGAGGAGCUGAACAACCUGGAGCACUCGGGCAAACUUCAAGUGCUGUUUGAAAUUCUCAAAGAGUGCGAAGCCAUCGGAGACAAGCUGUUGGUCUUCUCGCAAUCGCUCUACUCGCUGGACGUGAUCGAGCACUUCCUCGCGCUGGUCGACGAGAAUACGCAGCGCGACGACGACGAGAAGGACACCGAGCUGGACAAGUACCAGGGUUCGUGGUCAUUGGGGUUGGACUACUUCCGGCUGGACGGGUCCACCACGAUCGAGAACCGCAACACGGCGUGCAAGGUGUUUAACGACGCGAAGAAUCCGCGUGCGCGAUUGUUCCUUAUCUCUACGAGAGCCGGCGGUCUCGGUAUCAACCUGGUGGCCGCCAACCGCGUGAUCAUUUUCGACGUUUCCUGGAAUCCCUCGCACGAUAUUCAGAGUAUCUUCCGAGUUUACCGGUUUGGUCAGGUCAAACCUUGCUACAUCUACCGGUUCCUGGCGAUGGGCACGAUGGAGGAGAAGAUCUACGAGCGACAGGUCACGAAACAGGCCAUUUCGAAGCGCGUCAUCGACGAGCAGCAAAUCGAUCGGCACUACAAGGAGAACGACCUGCAGGAGCUGUACCGGUACGACAUGAUCGACCCGGAGGAGGCGCGACCGAUGCCAAAUCUGCCGAAAGAUCGGUUAUUUGCGGAACUGUUGAAAAAGUUUGAAACCUUGCUGUACAAGUACCACGAGCACGACUCGCUGCUCGAGAACAAGGAGGAGGAAACGCUCAACGAGGAGGAACGUAAGGCGGCCUGGGAAGAGUUUGAGCAGGAGAAGAACCGGCCCCCGGUGACCAACUACGGCGGGGCGGUGUACGGCAUGAACAUGGGCAUGAACAUGAACAUGGGAAUGCGAGGUAACGGUCCCGUAACGUCGAGCAACAUCUUUGGCUUCCGGAACGACGUGCUGCUCAAGCUGCUCAACAUGAAGGCCCGCCAGGAUAAUCCCACCUUUAACGACUCCCGAGUUGCCACCCUAAUUCCCUUCCUCAUGCAGGAACUGUGCCGGCAGAUGAAAGAUGGUGAACUAUCGAUGUACAAAAGCCUCCUCGAGCUUUACUACCAGCUGGAAGCGCCAACGUACGCCGCCGCCGGUAUGGGCUAUAACAACCCGAUGAUGAUGCAGCAGCAGCAACCUCAGCAGAUGGCACAACCUAUGAUGAUGGGGGGCGUCCAGGCCACCCCGGCGUACAACAUGACCCAGUUGCAGUACAUGCGCGAGCAGGAGCAGCUCCGGUACGCACAGAUGGGGCAACCCGGAGGCAGUGGCACUAAUCGAGGCGUCAUACUGAACGAAGCACAAAAGCGGUUCAUGAAUGAUCCCGUGGAAAUCGUAGAACUGGAUUAAUUUAAUCACUCAACACCCUAAAACACACAACCCCACAAAUAGUAGAAGAAAAAAAAGGAUAUCAACCGCGCACCACAUUGAACUUUGUAGUGACCGUUGCGUUGAAACUCAGCAUAAUCCUCCCCUCCGCAUCUUUUUGAUUCGUACAGUGUAGUGAAACAUGAUGGACCUUCCACCACACCCUGCGGGAAGGUCCUACCCAAAUUCGGAUCUCACACAGAUAACAAAA